GUUUAUUUAUUCAACCGACCGAUACCGUGUGGACAUUAUUUUACCAAGCGUUCGCAACCGCACAACACGGAGAGCCAAGCCAAAGAGAGCUACUACAGCACACACAACCAGAGAGCUAGGAGGCCCAGAGAGCUACAGCUACAGCCACACCAUAAUACCACCAUACGAUCCCCGAUCCCAACCGAUCCGAUCCGAUACGAUCCCAAAUCAAACCAUAUACACGGCGGUUCGCACCGCCCAGCUAUCUAGUAGAUAAAAAGUCGCCGAGACGAGAACGCAGUGCGCAGAACCGAUCCGAACCGCUAACUUGAACGCCAAACACUCGCGUUGUCGUAAUCCCCCAUCCGAGAUUCGACUCUAUUUUCCAGAGCAUACUGCACACAGCUCGUACAACAGUGCCUUAAAUCAAAGCUAAACUAAACUAUACUAUACCAUACCAUAUACCAUAUACUAUAUACUAUAGCAAACUAGAAAAUCAAAUUCAAACAAAAGUUAAGAGAAGAAAAGAAAACAAGUCUCGAAACUGAAAACGAAAAACGCAAAUUUAUGCAGCCGCUAAGUAAAAACAAAACAGCGAAUAAAUAAAAAAAUAAAAAAAACGGCAAAUAGAAUAAAUCCAAUAAAUCGGCGCGCGAAACUCGCGUGUGUUAUCUAAUCUGCAAGAGAAGUACAAGAAUCGGUAUCUCGGUUCUAUACUACAUCUAUAUCUAAUAUAUCUAUAUCCAUUGUGUGUGUGCCAGUGUGUGCGUUGCGACCUUUGUUUUUCUAUAUAUUUUUUGUUGUUGUUGUUGAAACUGUGUGAAACGUGCCUUACAAGCCGGUCAUUUCAAACAAAAAAAUACACACUACUUGCUGCAAAAUAACCAUAAAUAUGGCCAACAAGCAGAGGAAAUCGAGUGGCAGCAUCGAAUGGGCCACGGCCACCGGCACAGUACCGCUCCUGGAAAGGAGUUGCAACAGCAACAGUAACAGUAACAGUGAGGAAACGGAAAUGGAAGCCCAGAUCCCCAGAUCCAGCCACAGAGCCCCCAGAGAACAGCCCAUGAUCCGCCACCUGCGACACCUGCUCAUCGCCGGACUGCUGAUCGUCUGUCUGGUGGGCGGGACGGAGGGCCGCCGGCAUGCGCCGCUCAUGUUCGAGGAGUCCGACACGGGCAGGCGGUCCAACAGACCAGCGGUCACCGAAUGUCAGUUUGGCAAAGUUCUGCGCGAAUUAGGCUCGACCUGGUACGCGGAUUUGGGUCCACCCUUCGGAGUGAUGUACUGCAUCAAGUGUGAAUGCGUGGCGAUACCCAAGAAGCGCCGCAUCGUUGCACGCGUCCAGUGUCGCAAUAUUAAGAACGAGUGUCCACCGGCCAAAUGCGAUGAUCCCAUCUCGCUGCCCGGAAAAUGCUGCAAGACCUGUCCCGGCGAUAGGAACGAUACGGAUGUGGCCUUGGAUGUGCCAGUGCCCAGCGAAGAGGAAGAGCGCAACAUGAAACAUUACGCUGCGUUGCUCACGGGCCGCACUUCCUAUUUCCUCAAGGGCGAGGAGAUGAAGUCCAUGUACACCACCUACAAUCCCCAGAAUGUUGUGGCCACCGCCCGUUUCCUGUUCCACAAGAAGAACCUCUACUACUCGUUCUACACCUCAUCGCGAAUCGGUCGUCCACGGGCCAUCCAAUUCGUAGACGAUGCCGGUGUCAUCCUGGAGGAGCAUCAACUGGAGACCACCUUGGCCGGCACCCUGAGUGUCUACCAGAAUGCCACCGGCAAGAUCUGCGGUGUGUGGCGUCGUGUGCCGCGGGAUUACAAGCGCAUCCUGCGCGACGAUCGCCUCCAUGUGGUGCUCCUGUGGGGCAACAAACAGCAGUCUGAGUUGGCUCUGGCCGGCAAGGUGGCCAAGUAUACGGCUCUGCAGACGGAACUAUUCAGCUCUCUGCUGGAGGCAGCUCCUCAGACUCUGCCCGAUGGCAAGACGGAUCCCCAGCUGGCCGGAGCCGGUGGCACGGCCAUUGUGUCCACCAGCAGCGGUGCCGCCUCCUCGAUGCAUCUCACCCUGGUCUUCAACGGUGUCUUUGGUGCCGAGGAGUUCGCCGAUGCCGCACUGAGUGUAAAGAUUGAGUUGCCGGAACGCAAGGAGGUCAUUUUCGAUGAGAUUCCCCGCGUGCGCAAGCCCUCCGCCGAGAUCAAUGUCCUGGAGCUGUCCUCGCCCAUUUCAAUUCAGAAUCUGCGCCUCAUGUCCCGCGGCAAACUGCUGCUCACCGUGGAGUCCAAGAAACAUCCGCAUCUGCGCAUCCAGGGACACAUUGUGACCCGGGCCAGCUGUGAGAUCUUCCAGACCCUGCUGGCACCGCACAGCGCCGAAUCCUCGACCAAGAGCAGUGGCCUGGCCUGGGUCUACCUGAACACCGAUGGCUCCCUGGCCUACAACAUCGAGACGGAGCACGUGAACACCCGGGAUAGGCCAAACAUUAGCCUGAUCGAGGAGCAGGGCAAACGAAAGGCCAAGCUGGAGGAUCUGACGCCGAGCUUCAACUUCAACCAGGCCAUUGGAAGUGUGGAGAAGCUGGGUCCCAAGGUCCUUGAAUCGCUAUAUGCCGGCGAACUGGGCGUUAAUGUGGCCACAGAGCACGAGGCCAGCCUGAUCCGAGGACGACUGGUGCCCCGACCGGUGGCCGAUGCCCGGGACUCGGCUGAACCCAUUCUGCUGAAGCGAGUGCAGGACCAGAAUCCCCAUGCCGUGGGCAUGGCCUGGAUGUCCAUCGACAACGAAUGCAAUCUUCACUACGAGGUGACCCUCAACGGUGUGCCGGCCCAGGAAUUGCAACUGUAUCUGGAGGAGAAGCCCAUCGAGGCAAUUGGAGCACCGGUGACAAGGAAGCUGCUCGAGGAAUUCAAUGGCUCGUACUUGGAGGGUUUCUUCCUCAGCAUGCCCUCGGCGGAGCUGAUCAAGCUGGAGAUGAGUGUCUGCUACUUGGAGGUGCACUCCAAGCACUCCAAGCAGCUUCUGCUGCGUGGCAAACUCAAGAGCACCAAGGUGCCGGGUCACUGUUUCCCCGUCUACACCGACAACAAUGUCCCGGUGCCCGGGGAUCAUAAUGAUAACCAUCUGGUGAAUGGGGAGACCAAGUGCUUCCACUCGGGACGCUUCUACAACGAGUCGGAGCAGUGGCGCAGUGCCCAGGAUUCCUGCCAGAUGUGCGCCUGUCUUCGUGGUCAGUCCAGCUGCGAGGUGAUCAAGUGCCCAGCCCUCAGGUGCAAGGCGGGAAUCGAGCAGCUCCUCCAGCGCGACGGUGAAUGCUGUCCCAGCUGUGUGCCCAUUCAAUCUCAAGCGGCCACGCAAUCCUCGCCAGCCACCAAUGUCACCGAUUUGCUGCAGCAGCGACGCGGCUGCCGGCUGGGCGAACAGUUCCAUCCGGCCGGUGCCAGCUGGCAUCCAUUCCUGCCGCCCAAUGGCUUCGAUACCUGCACCACCUGCAGCUGCGAUCCCCUGACCCUCGAGAUCCGAUGCCCCCGGCUGGUGUGCCCACCGCUGCAGUGCAGCGAGAAGUUGGCCUAUCGGCCGGACAAGAAGGCCUGCUGCAAGAUCUGCCCGGAGGGCAAGCAGAGCAGCUCCAACGGGCACAAGGCCGUGCCCAACAACCCCAAUGUGCUGCAGGACCAGGCCAUGCAGCGAUCGCCCAGCCACAGUGCCGAGGAGGUCCUGGCCAACGGCGGCUGCAAGGUGGUCAACAAGGUGUACGAGAACGGCCAGGAGUGGCACCCCAUCCUCAUGUCCCACGGCGAGCAGAAGUGCAUCAAGUGCCGCUGCAAGGACUCCAAGGUGAACUGCGACCGCAAGCGCUGCUCCCGCUCCACAUGUCAGCAGCAGACGCGGGUGUCCACCAAGCGGCGACUCUUCGAGAAGCCGGACGCAGUGGCUCCGGCCAUCGACGAGUGCUGCUCCACCCAGUGCCGCCGGUCGAGGCGCCACCACAAGCGGCAACCGCACCACCAGCAGCAGCGCUCCUCCAGUUGAGCGGCUCAGCGAGGAGGAUUCGCCGGGGGGAUCCCAGUCCCGAUUCCGAUUCCGAUCCCGAUCUAGAUUCAGAUACAGAUUCAGAGGU